UGAGCUGGGAAGCACAGGUCAAUCGGUGCAGCUGCCUGGCCUGAAAGGAUCCAUCUUCUUAGCUUUCUCAGGGCUGAGCCUUUUGCCUUUUUUCUCUCCCUCUUGAGGAUUCCUGUGAAUCGCCCGCACGCUGGCUUCAUCCUAGGGGAGACUCUUUUGUGCUUUUGCCAUUGACUGUUGGAGCGAACUGCUUGUGAGGCCAGACACGGCAGCACUAGCAGCAAUUCCAAAGGCAGGAAACGUCUGCAGCAGCAUGAGCCUCUGACGUUGCUGCCGCUGAGACUUCAAUAUUCAACAGAGCAGUCGCAUCUUUCCGAACCGCUGGCUUUCAGGGGUUUCCCUUUCAGGACCUGAGCAAAAAGGGAUGCUGCAGUGGCUUUGGCAUUUUCUUUCCUGUCUUCUUUCGAGGGCUGUGUGCCAAGGCCCUGCUGAAGCAAAAAAGGAUGCGCCGGCGGACUCUCCGGUUCCCAGCUCUGGGGAACAGGGGCCAAAGGUGGUGAGGAAGUCUCCCAAAGAGGCCAGUCCGUCUGAAAGGAGACCCACUAUCCUGCUUGUGGUCGGACCCGCAGAGCAUUUCCAACAGAAAAUUGUGAAAGCUGGGGAUAAAGACUUGGAUGGGCAGCUAGACUUUGAAGAGUUUGUUCACUACCUCCAAGACCACGAGAAGAAACUGAGGCUGGUUUUCAAGAGCCUUGACAAGAAGAACGAUGGCCGCAUUGAUGCCCAGGAGAUCAUGCAGUCCCUUCGGGAUCUGGGAGUCAAGAUCUCUGAACAGCAGGCGGAAAAAAUUCUCAAGAGAAUAAGGACGGGGCGCUUCUGGGGUCCUGUCACAUACAUGGAUAAGAACGGGACGAUGACAAUAGACUGGAACGAGUGGCGUGACUAUCACUUGUUGCACCCCGUGGAGAACAUUCCUGAGAUCAUCCUGUACUGGAAGCACUCUACGAUUUUUGACGUGGGAGAGAACUUGACCGUACCAGAUGAGUUCACAGUCGAAGAGAGGCAGACGGGGAUGUGGUGGCGGCACCUGGUCGCAGGGGGAGGGGCAGGCGCCGUGUCUCGAACCUGUACUGCUCCCUUGGACCGCCUGAAAGUGCUCAUGCAGGUCCACGCUUCUCGCAACAACAACAUGUGCAUCGUCGGGGGCUUCACCCAGAUGAUCAGAGAGGGCGGAACGAGGUCGCUUUGGCGCGGGAACGGGAUCAACGUCUUGAAGAUUGCUCCGGAAUCGGCCAUUAAAUUCAUGGCCUAUGAACAGAUCAAGCGCUUAAUUGGUACCGACCAGGAGGUGCUGAGGAUUCACGAGAGACUUGUAGCUGGUUCACUGGCGGGAGCCAUUGCACAGAGCAGCAUCUAUCCCAUGGAGGUCCUGAAGACGCGGAUGGCUCUGCGCAAGACAGGGCAGUACAUGGGGAUGCUCGACUGUGCCAAGAACAUCCUAGCCAAAGAAGGAGUUGCUGCUUUCUACAAAGGCUAUGUUCCCAAUAUGCUUGGGAUCAUUCCAUAUGCUGGCAUCGACUUGGCUGUAUAUGAGACAUUGAAAAACGCCUGGUUGCAACGCUACGCUGUGAACAGUGCUGACCCGGGGGUGUUCGUCCUGUUGGCCUGCGGUACCAUGUCAAGCACCUGUGGGCAGUUGGCCAGUUAUCCUCUGGCCCUAGUGCGGACACGAAUGCAAGCCGCAGCUUCGGUCGAAGGAGCGCCGCAGGUGACGAUGAGCGGACUCUUCAAGCAUAUCCUGAAGACGGAGGGAGCUUUCGGCCUGUACCGGGGGCUGGCCCCCAACUUCAUGAAGGUGAUCCCGGCUGUGAGCAUCAGCUACGUGGUCUACGAGAACCUGAAGAUGACUCUGGGUGUGCAGUCUCGAUGACAAGGCGGCGCCAGCACCUGUGAACUCUUAGGAGGGGGAAAAAAGCAAUCUUGGGGGCUGCGGUCCCUAAGGUGUAUGGCCGUUCCAUUCUGUGAAUGUGUUGAUCGACACUAAGCUGAUUGAGCCAAGCUAUGGAAACCCUGGAUUGUGCGUGUCCGGGAAAGGUUAGGGGUGGUCUUGAGCCUUUAUUGCUGUUUUGCUACCGCAAGUGCUAUGUGUUGUUUCCAUUCGUGAUCAGCUGGGCUUCCCUGCUUGCAAGGGACCAAACUGGGGGCGCCCAAGGGAAGCGCCCGGAGCUGGUACUGCUGACCUGGCUCCGAGCACAGUGGGAGGGAGGCCUCAGAGAGCUCUCCCUCCUCUUCCAAACCUCUUCUCUCCGUUCGGAGCCGGGGAAAGUAGCACCUCCCGACUUGCUUGAAAGAGCUUCUUCCUGUUGAGUUGUUAACUCUUCCUGCCCGUCGUUUUAAACCUCUUGCCUUGGGUAGGAACGGCUGCUCGGCCUGAAACAUUAGUUGUUUACGUUACAUUCCUUUCUCAAGUAGCAACGAUUCACGUUCUACUUCAGUAACUCUGACAUGGCAACGUACUCUUAAAACCGUGGCUCGAAUGGGGCGGGCAAAAAACCCCAGUGAACUGAAACGGCAAAUCUUUAUUUUUCUAGAGUUGAUUGAGCGCACAAGUCUCCCGAUGCUAUCGAGAAGCACUUAUUAAGGGGAAGCUGCCAUUUGCGGCCUGCAUGUGUCUGUACCUGCACGCCAGAUAGGCUUUGACCAUCCGGGGGUUUGGAUCCGGGAACUCUUAGAAGGCAGCCUGGUGCUGUAAACGGCUUCUAUGACAGGCCAGGCAAAUCUGUGCUGCUGGGGACCCACCUUUGGCCUCUGAGCACAGCAGCGGCAAGGGGACCAGCGUAUCCCCGUGCCCUGUUUUGCCAGGCAGCUUGACUGAGAUUCUUGCCAGACCUUGCCCCUCUCCCCCCUUCUCAAGACCCUGAGCCUUGGCUGCUGUCGCCCUGUUCGCAUCUUCACUGUUUGGCCCUGAACUUUGCACACGGUGGCAGGAGAUGGGAUCGAAUGAACGUCAGCCCGAUGCAGCUUUGCAUAAAGAAAAGGACUAGGUCUGGCAAUGGUGGGAAGGCAAAAGAACUCACCGGGGAUUAGAGAGCGGUGCUUUUUAAAAAAAAUUCUUCCUGCCAGAAUUAUUUUGUAGACAGGCUCCUCUGGUCUGAAUGCUCAAGCUGAUCCUCUUCCACCUCCUUGACCGGGGGGGGGGGGGGGGGGGACUAGGGGGCCAGCAUCACAUUCCACUGUUGUUGUUAUUGUUUUUUUAACUGCAUCAAUUAUAUUUAUUUUGUAUUUAUUUAAACAUUGAGAGUCAUAGUCAAACUAUUUUUAUAGAGACGUUUGUAUAGUUGUGUUGUCCAUCAUAGUCUGUACUUUUGGUUUUUUUUAGAGGUUUCUGUAUUUAUAUUCCUUAAGCCGUUUUGCACUUGUCAAAAUCACUAUACUGAAUUGGUGAAUGGGGGGGGAGGACCCCCUCCUCCAGAAGGUCACCUGUGCUCAGUUCCUUCUCUGAAUUGUGCUGUGGGUCUUGCAUUUGAGGCUGGUGGGGGACCUCCGUCAGCCAAGAGAGAAAUUCCUUGUAGCAAAAAGCCUUAGACAAGAAAACGAGGGGGGCGGGGGGGGGGGAGAACAUAAUGUCGGUAGGAGAUUGUUUUUUCCUGGAGGGAGAGGUAAGAGGGUUUGUUUCCUGGUUUACCUCACUCUGGAAUGAGUUCACAUGUUGACUUCCUAAUUAGGACCACUGGUGGAUUGGCAAAAUAAAAACCAAGUCCGUGCGUACGACUUUUUGUUUUUUGUUUGGCGAUGGCUGGUAUGGAAAAGGGCUGAUUGGACUGGGGGACAAAGUGAGAAAUAUCUCAGGGAUGACACAAUCACAAGAUGCCCAUUUCCCGGAGAGCAGAAAGGAACUUGCUACAGUUAUCUUUGCGAGGCCGCUGGGCAAGAUGCCCUGCCAGACGAAGGCUGCUUCAGACGCAGGGAAAUGCCCCAGGGAUAAAUGCCUGGACAAUAUCAGUGGCCAUGAUGGUUCCAUAGCUGCCCUGUGUCACGGGAGUCUUUCCUAGUGCAGAGCAGCUUCUGCUCCUGGGAACUCUGCCUUUAUUGGAUUUGUCAACUGCUGCUUGGGAUUGGCUGCAUGCUUGAGUUCAUAUCUGAUUCGCUGGUGUGACAUUUUGUACCCCUCACUGUGCUCCCCCCCCCCCGAGUCACUAUACCUGUGGUGACGAACCUAUGGCACUCCAGAUGUUCAUGAGCUACAAUUCCCACCAGCCCCUGCCAGCAUGGCCAAUCGGGGCUGAUGGGAAUUGUGAGAAUCCCACUGAAGCUAUCCUGGAGAACGCCAUAUGGAACCGACACUCACUGCCUACUACCUACCAUUGGCAGCACCUCCUUUUUUCAUGCGCGUGAGUCUGAACCGCUAAAGAGUGUUCAAGAAUACAAAAAUCAAUGCAAAGGUUUAACUGUCUUUGUAAUUGUAGCCCGGAUGUAUGAAGAGUGAAUUGUAACAAAUGAUAAACCCUGGAUGGUAGGCAACAGUUUGCUAAUAAAGGUUUAUUAAAGAC